UUUAUAUUCUACACCUACCAAACGCCUCUUUUUCCUAUUUGUGCGUGAUAAUGCUUAGCAUUGAAAAAGUGAUCCCAUGUUGUAAGGAACCCAUCUUAACAAUCUCGAUGGAAGGUUUAAGGAUUCCGGCGAAUUUCUCGUUUUCGUUUUCUUCUUCUUUCGAUGGGUUUUGCUUCGCCUCUGUGAAAACUCCGAAGCCGAGAUCGAAGAACUUUCACUCGCCUUUCCGGUUAAUCAGAAGAAAAUGUCUCUGAUUGGUACAGUGAAAGAUGCAUUUGACACCGUUACUAAAAGACAAAAGCUUUAUCACUCAGUUUCCCAAGUUGUCGCCGAUCGAGUUUGUGAAGGAGUCGUAGAGACAUUGAUUCGGAUCCUCUUAAAUAACAACGAUGGAUUAGUAGAGCCCCAAUCGUUUUUUAACGAGCUGAGGCUUAAGCUUGAUUCUCUUUCACCAGUUAUCCAGCUCCAAGGAUCACAAAAGGAAACCAACACGAGCCUUGGCAAAUUUGAGAAAGUUCUUGACAAAUCUCACCAUCCUGAUAUAUCCCGAGCCUGCAAGAGCAUUGAUUUCGAUACUCACCUUAUGAAUAAGAUGCUUGUCCACUAUUUUUACCGACAAGGCUUGUUCCAAGUUGGAGAUUGUCUUGUCAAGGAGGCUGGAGUAGAGGUAGAGGCAGACGCUAGAUCUCAGUAUCUAGAAAUCCACCGUUUAACGGAGUCAUUGAAACUCGGGAACAUUGAGCCUGCAAUGAGAUGGAUCUCUGCAAACCGAGAAAAGCUGAAGCAGAAAGGUUCAGAGCUGGAGCUGAAACUCACAAGUUUGAAGUACUGUGAGAUGUUAAGAGAAGGAAAUAGUGAUGAUGCCUUGAAGUACGCAAGAACCCAUUUUCCUCAAUUUGCAGGGAUGGUUUCUUCAGUAUGUUGGGACAAGAUGGCCAAAGAGCUAACCAAACAGUAUUACCAUCUCCUUGAUCAGCCAUCUAAUUCUCCGUUGGGAGUCGCGUUAUCCGCGGGUUUAGAGAGCUUGCCGACACUUUUGAAGAUGAUUCAUGUGAUGGGUUUGAAGAAAGAAGAAUGGGAAGCGAUGAAAGAGGUUCCAGUAGAUCUGAAGUUAGGGGAUGAGUUUCAGUUCCACUCGGUUUUUGUGUGUCCGGUGAGUAGAGAGCAGAGCAGUGAAGAAAACCCGCCAAUGAUGAUGCCUUGUCGUCAUGUUCUUUGCAAGCAAUCAAUCAUGAGACUCACCAAUAACUGCCGUUCUCGCAGGUUCAAAUGCCCUUAUUGUCCUGCACAGACUUCAGCUGCAGCAUGCAGACGAUUAUACUUUUGAAACAUUAUUUUGGUGAUUUUGCUCAGACUCAAAAAGAGUACUUUUUCUUGUUUCACUAGCUCAAUAAAUUAGAUGUGAACAAAGAUAUUUCUUUUGCUCGUUCUCCAUAGAAAACUUUCUUUUUUCUAUAGUCUCUAGUGAAACUCUUUGACAAGAGCUGGAUUGUGAAUCUUGGGAGCUAAGUUAAAGCAAUAAUCUAGUAAUA